GCCCCUGUACCGCCUCCUCAUGCUGCUGCCAGGUCCAGAGUGUGUCAUGGGCCCCCUGUACCGACUCCUCAUGCUGCUGCCAGGUCCCGUAAUCUGUCAUGGGCCCCUGUACCGCCUCCUCAUGCUGCUGCCAGGUCCAGAGUGUUGUCAUGGGUCCCUGUACGGUGGCCUCCCAUUGCUGCUGCCAGGCCCGUAAUCUGCCAUGGGCCCCCGUACCGACUCCUCAUGCUGCUGCCAGGCCCCGUAAUCUGUCAUGGGCCCCUGUACCGCCUCCUCAUAGCUGCUGCCAGGUCCAGAGUGGGUCAUGGGUCCCGUGUACAGGGCCUCCCAUUGGCUUGCUGUCAUCCAUCGCCACACUCUGCCAUGUGCCACUUUCAGGUCUCCUCACACAGCUGGUGGUGUUCCAUUUUUGUCAUAGGGUGCUGUAUGGCCUCCCAUUGCUGCUUAGCCUCCACCGCCACACUGUGCUCCACACUCUGGUUUUGGCCCGUGACUGCCCAAGAAUGAGUGAAGUGUGCGGUGAUCUAAGAUCGAUAACGGCACUCAUACUCUGCAUGUCAUACUGACUGACAGUAUUAUUUCUCUUCCCCAAGCAGACUCCAAGGGCAUUUAAAUUAAAGGUACAGUGUUCUGCACUAAUAUAA